AAAGGCCUUUAUCGGUUCGCCUUCGGAAUGUAAACUAUUCAACAUGGAGACCGCGGUCAACAAGCUGGCAGCGAUGUUCCAGAAGGCACAGUCUGAUCUGGAUUAUAUCGAACACAAACUAGAGUUUGAAAUGCUGAAAAAUCUUCCACAAUGCACUGCACCACAGGAAAAUCCAAUAAAACUUCUGGAGCAACUGAGGGUAAUAAAAUCCCGGUAUCGUGAUUUAUGUGCAGAAGCAGAUCAGAUUGCCAUAGAGCGUAAAGAAUCAGUAGACUUCAUUCGCACUCAACUUGCCGCUACAUUGCAGUUAGUACAGAAGCUGCAGGACCAAAGUGACCUAAAGUCUUGUCCCUUGACAGAAGAUGAGCAAUGGGCAGUGCAGAAGAUUAUGAAGUCUGAGAUUUUGGCUGGAGUAGACCCAUGUGAGAAACCCUGUGCAGAGCCUCAAGCGCCACAGCAGGAGGAAGCUGAGUUUGAACCAAUCACUGAAGAGAUGUUCACAUCUGUGCCGAAAAAUGUAAGACAGACUGUAAAACUUGCCAGCUUGAAUACAUUGUACAAAAAGCUCUUUGACCACUUCAUAAAAAAUAAUAACAGUGCGGUGCUGACUGUGAUGCAGAUGAUGAAGCUCGACAUGAAAGUCAUCGAAGCAGAGUUAAAAACACUUAAAGCUCUGGAGCUCAUUCAACUGGAUAAAAAAGGACGUGUCCGCCUCUCCCUGCAACAUUCCUAGAUCUACUAGAAUUUGUACUUGUGUAAAUUCAGGUGCAGAUUUUUAAUCCUCCGAUUAGACAAUUGAAAAUUGGCUGCAAGAACUUGAGAUACUUUUACCUUUUGAAGUAAAAUCAGGAUCUCGGAUGCAGUUUCUGGUGCGUGACCUCUGCAUCGGGAGCUGGUCUUCAAAGUAUGUUGGAAUUGAUGUUUGAUAUAGACUAUACGUGGAACAACUGAACUGAUUUUAUAAAGUCCACUUUAGUGAGGCAGAGGAAUCAUGUGUUCAUGAUUUGUUCGCAUUCCAAUGCUUAUGCUUCCUGGAAUCUGUUGUUUGUAUUGGGAAACCCUGGGGGGGAAACCUGUCUGUGCUUGUCCAGGUGAUGCAUAUUAUCCCAAUGUUUCGAUCAUAACUUUAUUCCAAAUGAGUUGGAAUAAAAUGCCUGACUUGGAAUUUGACGAUUAUUCUGCCAAAUGAGGAUGGAAGGGUGCAUUGUCGGGUAGAGACAUUUACUUUAUAAAAUGAAAAGGUUCACCAAGUUUCAGUAAAAUGUAUCUUUGUAAAUACGGUUUAAUGUUUUUGGUAUCCUUUAACUGACUCUCUGCUAUUUAAUGUUUUACCAUAUAUACUGUUCUUCUUUGACAGUUAUAUUUGGAGUGGUUAUUGCAUUCUACUGCUUUAAUUUCAAGCAUUUAUUUCAUAUACAGAGUAGUAGUUAAUGGGAGAGAUUUUUAUUGUCGAUUUUGGGUACACUGUCCCAGGUUUCCAUUUUUACGGUGUCAGUUUAUCACACUGGAAAAUCAGAACUUGAUUUAAGAUAACCACAGUAUUGUAACGAAAGGUAUCAAAAUCACAAGACGAAAAAAAAAACAAUGACUAAAAGUGGAUAGAGAAUCUAGUUCUAUGUACAUAGAAAUGAAUGUAUGUAUGUAUGUGAGACUUUUGAAUGUAAUAUUAUAGAACAUUUGUGUCUGUCCAUAAGGUGAAGAUUCAUCCUGGGGACGUCCUGUAAUAAAGAUCAUGGUUUUAAAUAUUUUUAUUAAAAGAUUCUGUUUGCUGCAUGGAAGACUAGCAUUAGCCUUCCACAGAAUGGUUUAAUCUCAAGUUGGAGGAAACAAAUUGUGAAUGCUCCAGUGAAAUUUGCCGUGUUUCAACUACCACAACCAGAGUAAAUUUGAAUAUUUUGAGGAGGGAAGUUACCUUCAUCUCGUCCUGGGUAGCCGCGCACCCGGAACGACACCCUGGUAGGUCUGACAUGCUCCACGGGCCUUCCAGGGGACUGCAGAAAGGCCGGGCGGUGAGGCCUGUCUGGGCUGGAUCCUCUGAGGUGGUGGCGGUAGGGCCUCGCAGUCGAUGAGUGUGAGGGGGGGAGGGGAAGACAAUGGGGAACCAGUGUAGGGGAACCCGCUGCGAGGGACGGUGGGAGAACAAGGGGACCCGGUGUGGGGGAGGAGGCACUCCAGGUUAGAAUUCUCUGCCAUGGGGAUAAAUCUGCAUUUGUUCUGGCAAAGAUGCUGUGCACACAGCAGCUAGCCAACAGUCAUUUGUCUCUUUUUUGUUUUCACUUUUAAUUUCAAGUUUUUGUGUACAUUGUUUGUUGUGACUGUUGGCAGACUAAUUUCCCACCGGGGAUGUAAAGUUUUAUCGUGUUGUUAAAAGGUUUUUAUGUGUGCCAAUAACCAAUUAAAAUGAGACUAUAGACUAGUAGUAAAAACAUAUCACUGAGUAAGGAAACAUGCAGGCAGGUGAGGAUGAUUCAGUUAAUGCACUGUUUUGCCUUUGGAAUAAUUCACAUGUAGUUCAACUCCAUUUCCAAUGCUCAAAAAUAUUAGUUGAUCUUGCUUUCCAUAUAGUAUUUUUUAUUAUCUUUAUCGUGAUACAAUGUGUAACAUGCUUUGUGGUGAAUAAAGGUGUGAUACUAGAUGCUCCAAAACAUUUAGUACAGUAUUUAUUAUAUUUGGAAAUAAAUCCAAUUUGGGGUAACGUUCCUGUCGAAGGUUUAGGGUGUCGACUCAUUGAAUUCUGAAGAAUUUAUCCUCUUAAGCUAAGAUUUCUCCCCAUGGAAUUGGACUUCCAAGUUCUGCCUCAUUCCAAGACGAUGACCCUACCAAGAAGAAAAAUGAAUUGGAAAAUUAAAUAAAAUGCUGGCAAUCCAGUUCCCUCCUUUCAAUUUGCCCUUUUUUUAAAUUGUUUGGAGAAAAGUCGUCAUCCAUUGUAUGAGUGUCAAGAAAACAGGUGAUCAGUUUGCCAAUUCACUUUUAGUUCACUGGACCAGUGACAGUUAAUUUGACAUAAUACUAAAAGACCUGGCUCUGAAUGUUUUCCUUAAAAUUAAGAUUUUAUUUUUUGAUUGGUGCCUUUUUGUUGCAGUCAUUCCAUGUAGCAAUUACAUUGGCACCUUAUUGUCACAUGGAAUCACAAAGUUUGUGGUGCUGCAUCUGGUGUACAAAUUGUUCAUGUAGACCCUUUUAAAAUGUUAACAUUAAGAGCUAUAGCACUUGAGUACUUUUCUGUUACUGCAGUUUUUCAAUCAUGGAGUUGGAGACACUUUCACCUAACAAAGCCAAAAAGUUAAGAAAUGAAAAUAUAAGGUAUUCAAUGAGAGUGAUACCUGUGAGGCUGUGUCCAGUUUGCUCUCUGGAUUGGCUUUUUAUUGGAAAUCUCCUCACUUGUGCAACCUGUAGGUAUAGAUAGAAAGAUAUUGUAAAGCUGCACAUCUUUUCAACGUGUACUACAGUACUCUUCCCAGUUUUUUCCCUCCAUUCCCAUACAUUGGACUAAUCUGCAGUGCCAUGAACUUGGCUACAGCUGCCUUCCCCUGAUGAACAACCCCCCCCCCCCCAUCCCCAAUGAUGUCCAGAGGGAAAUGGCCACAGGAAAUUCCUGCGUAUCCUUGUGCCAGAUGGCCAUCUAUUUCUGUCCUACUGGGUCACACUUUACCUAUGGUGGGAUUACCUUUGUAAAUGGGUUGUCUAUAUACAUCCCGGCACUACAAAUAUGCCUAAAUCUAUCCACAGCUCUAGCACUGUAGUGCGUUUUACUAGUAGUUGUAUCUAGAUGUUUUUCUUGCAUGCAUAAUUUGUUGAAGUAUCCCAAAGUUUUCUCCUCUCCCUUAUGGACUGUUCAAAUAAAGGGACAGUAGAUUUUGGAUCUAAUCUAAUGGAUUCUAACAAAUUAGUAAAUGAUAAUUUGUUGAAAUAAAAUUUUGUGAGCAUCACAUUAGCAGAAAGUUUGUUAAUAGAGCUCAAUAAGUAAGAUGACAACAAAAUUCUACUUGGCAGAUACAAAUUAAUUCAUGAAAAAUUAGUAAGGAAGUAAAAUUGAGCUUUGGAGAAAGAAAAGGGUUAUGGUCAGUGGGAACCUCUAAUGACUUUUUCAUAGCAACUGCUACUAUUUACGAAACUGAUAUUGAUUUCUGUGUUGAGCCCGAUUUAGAUUUAAAACAGCCCUGAUCUUUCUCUUAAGUAUUUAAUUCUUGAAAGAAUAAUUAUCUGAAUAGGGAGUAUCCCGCUUGUUUUUUAAAUUUAUUCUUACCUGCAACGGCAGUGGACACACUUGUCGCUGAUGUUUUGCUUCCUGAGUCUUCUGUCACUUCUCCCUGUGUUUUUAUAGUGUUGAUUUGGUUUGUAGUGCUGUUGUUUUCUUUCUUUUGUAACAUACUGUCAAUGCAGACAUUAAUAAAUGAGUUUAUUGUGAACAUCGAA